GUUCAGAUCGAUGCCUUUACAACGCAUAUUUCCUUAAAAUAACAACACGACAUUCUUCUACAGCGACUUGUAAUGUAUCUGCGGGGCUCAGUGGUGAGUUUAGGGAUCUUAAAGUAGCCUUUGAUACGCUGAGGUAUUUUUUCAUCUUCUUUCUUCAUCUUUCAUCUGUUAAUCCAGCAGAGUCACGAUGGAGUCUCACAGACUGAGCGGCUCACCGGAUAUCAGGAUACAGAAGAGCUGCAUACAGCAACACAGUCCCAGAGGCAGCCAGGACAACUUGUUUGGAGUUAGGGUGCAGAUCCAAGGGAUUAAAGGUCAACCCUACGUGGUUCUGAACAGUUCUGGCCAGGAGAUCCACCGGGACGUCUCAGUCAUCACUCACCAGGCGGGGUACAAUCCUGGCAUGGUGAGGAGGUCUGUGGAUGAAAGACAUUCUCCCUCUGAGUCACAGAGGACUGCAACCUCCCCCGCAUUUCAUUAUCAGAAACACCCAGAGAUUCUGAGACCUUAUGACCCUGAAAGUAAUAACCUGAACUUAGUCCGUCAUUCAGCAGCUUCAGUUGCUCGACCUAGAGAGCUAAACACUGGCCUUCUUUCUGAGACUGCUAAUGUGACCAAACCCAGGAUCCCUCUACCUGCUGAGGGCACAGUGGGAGACCAGAGUGAGGUGGCCCAGAACAAGACACCUUCCUCAUGUAGACAAGUCCCUGCAAGGUCCCCAAACUCAGUGGGUACAGACUCCUUCAUAUCUGUAGGGAAGCUAAUAAGCCAGUUCAACAGCAGCCAGCGGAGGGGAAGGGCAGGCCCAAGGAACAGGUUGGACCCAGAGCAGUGUCGAAGGUCGCGCAGCGCGGACAGCGGUCCAACCUCGUACUCCUCGUCGUCCUCCUCUUCCUCCAGCAGUCCCUCGUCUCUGAAGGGCAUCAGGGGUGAGACCCCAGGUGGGAUAUAUCCUCCGGGGUCAGCCAGGGCUCGACUCCUUGACGGAAAAGCCUCUUUGGCAAGGGAGGAGAACAAGCCCAGCACACUGCUUAAAGGACACCAUGGAAAAGAGACGAUGUCUCCACAUGCUGCAAAAUUACUUCACAGAGCAGAGAAACCCUCCAUCUCCAGGUUAUAUAGUGACCAGACUGAUGAAACUGAUGAAAGAGAAACACAGGUCACUCCUGAUCUUCUGAAAGGACAGCAAGAACUCUCAGUAGACCCACCUGAAGACACAGCAAAACAAAUGCUGUUCACUUACCUCCAGGAUGGGACGACUGAUGAUGACUCCACCACUCAGAAGAAAGUUACCCAGCUGCUUCAAAGGGUCAACAAUGUCAAGUGGAAGACUGCUGAAAAUGUGGAGGAGGAGGAGAAAGAUUGUGCAGCCGAGGUGAAGCUUUUGCAGGAGAAACAGGAAGCGCUGGAGAAAGAAGUGUCUGAAUUAAAGCAGAAACUGGAAACAGAGAUUAAGAAUGAAAAGACUCUAGCCAAGGCUUGUGAAAAGGCCAGGACAGAGAAGAAGAAACUUCAGGAAGAGUUGGCCAAAAGCCAGGAGGAGCUGUGCAAACUCAGCGACAGACUGGCUGAGAUCGAGGCCAAACUUCAGUCUACCAAACUCGAGCUGACUCAGAUGAAGGCAGAGAGAGAGAGAUCUAAGACGGAGAUGAAAGACCUUCAGCAGCAGCUCUCUGAGAUGCACGAUGAGUUGGACCAAGCCAAGAAGGCUGAGGUGAUAAAUACAGAGAAAGAAGUCCUUAUGGAGGAAAUGGCGCAGCUGCGUCUGGACUUUCAGGAGAUGCUGCAAGGGAAGGAGGAGCAGGAGGACAUGCUGCACCGCAGGGAGAGGGAGCUUAGCGCCCUGAAGGGGGCGCUCAAAGAGGAGGUGGAGACUCAUGACACAUACAUGACUGCUCUGAAGGAUGAAUAUGAGAAUGAGCUUGAAAUGCUGCUCAGGGAUUUAGAGCUGGCUAAAGAGAGCAGUGCUCUGCUGGGUCAAGAGAAGGAUAAAGCAGAGGAAGAGAGAAAUUCAGCUAACGUGCAGUUAAAGGAGCUGAGCCAGGACAGUGAUCAGCUGAGAGGAAAGGUGCAGGAGCUGAACAUCAAGGUGGAUCAGCUGAGUCAGGCAAUCCAGGAGUCUAAAGCCACAGAGAGACUGCUGGAGCAGAGAGAAAAACAGCUAGAGAGGGAAAAGCAGCAGGUUGAGGAAGUGCUGAAAGAUGUGAGGAGGAAUGAGGAGGAGAUGUGUCAGUCUAACCAGUCGCUGCUCACUCGCUUAGAGGACGUGCAGGGUAAGUUAACCAAGCUAAACCAUGAACACAGGGACCUGAAGGAGAAGCUUAAGGAGGAGAGGAAACAAAUAGAGGAGCUGUGGAAGACUAAAACUGAGCUAGAGGAUGUGAGGAGGCUGCAGGACAGGACUGUGGAGCAACUGCAGAGGAAGAUGAAUAGCAUUAUGGAGGAGUGCGAGGCGUCUACAGAUGUACUUCAGAACCAAGUCGAUGAGGCCAGAGACAAGAGUCAGAGGGAGUUGGACGAGCUGCGGAGACAGCUGCAGGAAAAGGGAGCAGAGCUGGAGAAAUACCGACAGGCAGCCAAAAAACAUCAGGAAGAGCUGCUUCCUCUGGAGGAGGAUCUGCGGCGGUGUCGCAGAGAGCAGCAGGAGGCCCAGCUGAGGGGCCGGCAGCUGGAGCAGAGGGUGGAGGAGCUGGACGAGAGGAACACAGCCACGGUGGGAGAGCGAGAGCGCCAGUUCAAAGUCAUGGAGGGACGUAUCAGCCAACUAGAAGAAGCUCUUAAUGAUGAGCGCAGCAGUGCUGACCGCCUGAUGGAAAGAUUAGACAAAACCAAAGAACAGAUGGAUCAGAUGAGGAACGAGCUGAUGCAGGAGAGAGCAGUCAGGCAGGACCUGGAGUGUGACAAGAUGAGCCUGGAGAGACAGAAUAAAGACCUGAAGAGCAGAGUGACUCAUUUGGAAGGAUCGCAGAGGCCAAACCAGGAUUUACUCGUCUCCAAACUGAACAGCCGCAUCCAGGAACUCGAGGAAAGGUUGCAAGGAGAAGAGAGAGACAACAACAGCCUGCAACAAGCGAACCGCAAGCUGGAGCGCAAAGUGAAGGAGAUGAAGAUGCAGACAGACGAGGAACACAUCAACCUGCAGAGCCAGAGAGACCAGCUGACUCAGAGACUGAAGACGGCGAAGAGGCAGAUGGAUGAGGCGGAGGAGGAGAUUGAGCGUCUGGAACAUGCCAAAAAGAAGGUGCAGAGAGAACUGGAUGAGCAGAUCGAGGCUAACGAGCAGCUUCAUGGCCAACUUAGCUCACUGCGGAACGAGAUGAGGCGUAAGAGGAAAUCACCUCCUCUCAUUAAGGCCGCGGAGGACGAUGUGAACGACGUGGAUGACAUUGGAUCUGAUUGACUGACGUGUGAUUAAAACAAAAUGCUUUUCUGGACUUUAUUAAUAAAUGUUGGACUUACUGUGAAGAACCCAUGAUAUCAUGAUGAUUAACAAACUCAGGUGUGACUUCAUGAUGUUUCCAGUUGUGAAUAGCGUGGCACCUUACCAAGGCUGACCUCUUGUGGCAACAAGUAUAACUACAGUAUAUAUAAUACCUAACAAACUGAUCUUCUUACAAUGCAACAUACACACUGGCUUAUUUACCUAUAUCUCAAAUGGAUUAAUUUGUUUCCUAAGUUAUUACUUUGCGGUGUGAGUUAAUAUGAUGCAAUCUGAAAAACUUUAACUGAUGGAUAAAUGUGUGUGAGAUACAUUCACAACAUUAACUCAUGUUUAUACACCUCCAGAAACUCUUAAAAGAAACAAAUCCAGCUGUAUGUUUGUCCUCUGAUGACACACACAAAUAAAGAAAAAUCUGAUUUGAA